AUGUCUGGUAGAUGGAACUGUGAAAACAGACAGCAGGCAUUGUUUACUUUUACAGAUCUUAUUGGUAAGUUUCAAGAAAUUCUACAACAGAAUGAGGCGGAGAGUACACGUAUAAAGGUUAUACCUGCAUCAGAAUAUAUCUAUAUAGUCCACAACAAGGAGAAACAUUUUAUUGUUUAUCUUAUGGAAAAGAAAUGUUCUUGCAAUGCAUUUCAGUUGGAUGAGAUACCGUGUGUUUAUGCUUGUGCAGUUCUUGAUAGCAAGAAUUUUAAGAAGGGACCAUAUUGCUCUGAUCUAUACAAACCAAAAACAAUCUUGAGAACAUGUGAUAUUCCAGUUUAUCCUCUACCACACAAAGAUGACUGGAUAAUUUCAAGUGAAAAAUUGGUUAAGGUAGUUCUGCCCCCAAAAUACAAGCGACCCCUGGAAGGUCUGCAAAGAAGGAUUGUGAAAAGUCCGGACGAGAUAUGUUUGGAAAGAAAAGUAAAAAUUGUUGUAGUUCAUGCGGAUGUAAAGGGAACAAUAGGCAUUCAUGUAGUAAAUACAACAAAUGAUAAGUCGGUUGAUGUAUUUAGUUAUUAA